CUUGACACUAGUGCUUUAACUAUUGAGGUUGAAGCCACACAGAACUGGACCCCUAAUACACUGACCACUGGGAAUGAGGCCACAAAUACUUGUACCACCAGGACUCAGGCGACUCAGACGUUGACCACUGGAACACAGGCCACUUUAACAGCUACUGGGACCCAGACCAAGAGAAACAAGGCCAGAACAUCGUCCAGCUCAUGUGUGAAUAUCAUCAGCGGUUUCCUCCUGCUGCUCCUUCUGGCUUUCAGAUUCACACACAUGCAUAUGCAAAUGAUAGAAAUCCAGCAGGAAAUGCAGUUACUGAGACAGCGGAUGAACACAUUUGCUCCUCUGGCAGACACAACACCAAACUUUGCCUUAGAAUCACAAGGUGCUAGAGUUAAGCAUUAUUUAUCCUCUGACUCAUAUUGGCCCCAAGAAGACGUUGGAAUAAUGUGGAACAGAAUAUUCUACUGGUGGUAUUCAGCCAAAGCACAGCGGCAUGUGAUCCAGGGAUAUUCUUCCUUAAAACCAGGAAAAUGCUGGUCGUUUGCUGGCGAGCGAGGGCAUUUAUUCAUCUCCCUGUCCCACCCUAUCUUCAUCACUAAUGUGACGCUCGGCCACAUAACAAAAAGCCAGUGCCCUCACGGCUACAUCGCAAGUGCACCGAGGGAAUUUUCUAUCUACGGAAUGAGGAAUACAGACGAGGAAGGCACCUUUUUGGGGCAACAAGUUUAUGAUCAGGACGGUGAAGCAUUUCAGACCUUCGCACUGCCUAAUCCAGACAUAGGUGUCUUCAGCCACGUGAAGCUACAGAUAGAGAACAACUGGGGAAAUGUAGACCACACCUGUGUCUACAGCUUCAGGGUUCAUGGUAAACUCCGGACCUAGCAGCAUAUCCAAUAAUAAAUACUCUCAUUACAGUACCAUCAUUCAUCGUCAACUUAAAGAUCUUUAAUAAUGUUCAGUAUAUUCAGUUACUCUGCAGUGUUUUCAUGUUCAGUCAACCUGCUCAAGCAGGUCUCACAACACAU